UCGAAUCCGGAAGUGGCGGCGGAGCGGCCACGUGAGAGGCGGCGGGGACAUGGCCCGGGGACCGGGACCGGGACCGGGACCGGGACCCGCCCGUGGACCGCGGCAGAAACCAGGACCGGGACACAAACAGGGACAGAGACCGGGAUCGGGGCAGAAACAGGGCCGGGGACCAGGACCAGGACAGGGACAGAAACCGGGACAGAGACCAGGGCAGAAACCGGGACCGGGACAGAAAGCGGGACCGAGAUCGGAACAUGGACAGGCUGUUCCGCGGCGCAGCAGGAAGGAGAGGAAGGUGGACAACAUGAAGCCCAAGCACCCCGAGGAGCAGGAGAUCCCGUUCCGCCUGCGGGAGAUCAUGCAGAGCCGCGAGGCCAUGAAACGCCUGGGCCAGGGGAAGAGGAAGGCAGCAGAGAAGAAACAGCAGCAGAAGCCCAAAUCCAAGGGGGACAUCCCGGUGCCCAGGUUCCGGAGGGGGAAGGGGGAGUCGGAGCGUUCCUACAUCUGCCGCAUGGAGCAGGAGGUGCAGCACGUCCUGUUCCUCACGGAGAACCAGCUCCAGCGGGAGCCUGAGCGGGAGGACACGGCUCCAGAGAAGUCCCAGAGGAAAAAAGAGUUUCAGAAAAAGAAGCUGGAAAAAGCUCGGAAGAAGAAGGAGGAGAAGAAGGCGGACAUGCUGGAGAAGAGCCUGUUCCAAGACACGGUGGCGUUUGGGGAGGUGGUGACACAGCCGCCCACCAUCACCUCGCGGCCCCGGGGACGGGGUCCUGCCAAGCAGGCUGGACGGAAGCGGCUCCUUCUGACACCUCGGCUGGGCCGGAGCCAGGCAUCCCCUGUGUCCCCAGUGUCCCCAGUGUCCCCGGUGAUGUCCAUGGCUCGCCGGCGCAUCGUGGAGGAGGAGCGGGCACGGGUCAUCCAGGCCUACAGGGACAUCCAGAGGCGGAAACAGCUCCAACGGGAGCGUUCCCAGGCUGGGCACAGGGCCCCGCACUGAGCCCACCUGGAGGGGCUGUGCAUUCCUGGUCCCUCUGCAGGUACCCCAGGACUCGAAGGGGACAUUGUUGUGAUGCUCUCCUGUUGCUGCUGAGCCCUGGGACUCCCACAGACUCCCUGGAGUGGGGUCCUUGCGGUGCCAUGGACCUGCUUGGAGUAAAAGUGCCAGUGGGAGCUGA